CCAUGCCCAUAAGUUCUUUGUGAUUGCCGAUACCCUCGGAAUCGCCAUUGCCGGCCUUCAUGUCUCACCCAAAACCCCUGUUUCCCUCUUCCGGCUAGUCCUCGUGUUCUCAUCAUUUGGCUGACAAGACGAGGCUCCUUCGAAAGAAGAACUAGACCAUCGUUCGGUAGCCAAGAAGACAUGCAAGAAAAAGAGAGUAGGAAUUGACCCACGGAAGAAUGACCCAUUCAGAAUGAAGGCAUGGUACAUUAGAAAUAUUUACAGUAAGCAGAGAGUGUUACUAGUAUUCUCUUUUGGGUCUGCAAAUAACGAGCAAAAAUAAGUGAACCCAUUGUCUUAUACUAUUGAAUAGAAUGGGUAAUUGCAUGGAAAAGAAAGCAGCUGUAAUUGAUGAUGGGAUAUUCUAUGGAGCAAAUGUUGAUAAGAUAUUUAAUAAAGAGCAAUGGGAUGAAAAGAUAUCAGAAGCAAAGAAGGAUGGCAAGAUGGUCAUAGUGAAUUUCAGCUCUGCUUGGUGUGAUCCGUGUCGAGUGAUUGCACCUUUUUUUGCCGAACUAUCUGCAAAAUACCCUACAUUUAUUUUCUUGGCAAUUGAUGUCGAUCAACUCUCAGAUUUUUCGGCAUCAUGGGAUAUCCAAGCAACUCCAACAUUCUUUUUCCUCGAGGAUGGGCAGAAGUUGGACAAGCUCGUCGGUUCAGAAAAUAUGGAGCUCGAGAAGAAAUUAAUUGAGUUUGUUAAUGGAUCCAUUAACCACGAGAGAUCACACGAGUCAGACCUACAUUAGCGUAUCAAGUGUUGUGCCAUUUGCCCUGACCACAAAACAUAAUUGACAUCAUAUUGUUGUUUGCAUUCUAGCAGAGACCAAACAAAUAGGAUACAUCAGUACUGGUCGAUGAUACAAUAACCUGAGAUUUUAUCUUGUGAUGGUUGUUAGAUGUCUUCGUCAACCACUUGUCGGGCUCCCUUGAGAUCUAUCAAGCAAUUGUAUCAACUUUCUGAGUGUUGUAAUGCACCAAAAAAUGAAUGUAAAAAACAAAUGGCUAUGGAAGAUGCUGCAAUAAAGACAUGAUGUGCACUGUGAGGUGAAA